AUGGCUCACUCUGCGCUGCGACGCCUUGUGGCUGUGUGGUUGCUGCUUGAGGUAGGAGGAGGAUCGGACACUAUCCGAUGUAACUGGAAACCUUCUUUCAGUGAUACAGGAGUGGCAUCAAAUUUGACAACCAUGUUCGGCAACUACAAUUACAGUGAUGCCUUGCCGGACUGCAUUCAGGCGUGCGUGAGCUCACUGACCUCAGAGACUUCUCCUGCCCUGGUCAAAGACGAGUUCAUGAAAUGCUGUACGAGGAUGCGGCAGCAGAUCAGCAUGGACGACGAGGUUUCGGCAACGUAUGAGUGCUGCGUGCAGUACCGGACGUGGAAUGGGAUGGGCGAGUCGACCAUGACUUGCUGCAUGGAAACUAACAGGCUCUUCCGAUCCUGGUAUGACAGCUCUAACGUGGAAGCAAGGACGUGCGAGGUGGCGUGCAAGACUUGGCCUAACUAUGGGGUGGGGGUCAAGUGCUCGUGCUUGAACUAUGUCGGAGGAUGCAACGCCGAUGGGCCGAAGGACUGUGUUCCCUCCGGCACGUGGAAGUAUGCGCAAGGAUACGAGGCGAUCGACAUGUUCCAACAGUGCUCGGCGGAGGUGUGCAGGUUUCGUCUGCUGGAAGACAAGGUUCGCAACUCGAUGUUCUCGUGGAUGGUUGGGAUACUCCGCGCUGGCGUCUUCACCAACUCGACGCUGAGGGAGGAGAUAGCGCAGGCACUCCGAGGGCUGGACUCUGACCUCGCGUCCGUCUUCUCCUUCCCCCUCACCAGAACCACCGAUGAGCUCCUGCUGGCUGUGUACGCUUCUGCCUCAGCUGCUCUCCUCCUCCCCGAGACUGUCUUCAGGCUGGAUGGACACGUGCAGGCCUGUCGUCGUCCUGACGACAUCUGCCUUUCCACCUGGUGCCACGAGUGCUCCCAGUGGCGCGACGGAUCGUUUUCGUGCCCUCCUCAGCCCUGCGAUCGUCCUCCCCGACUGGUGGAGGUGGGAGGCGUCGUCUUUGACGCUGGGACGGGGCUGAGAGCAGACGCCAAGAUCCGAGACGUGAUGGUGACGAAGCUGGACAUGCUUGUGUUCGCUCUGAAGCUGGUUGGAUAUCAAGUGGACUCCAUAGAGGAGAUGAAGAUGCGGGAAGAAGCUCGGAAUGCUUGGCAGCGAUCCCUUCCUCCCUUCCUUCCCAAGAGCGCCUCCCCUGCCAUCCCCGCCUUCUCUCCUCGAGAAAGCUCCCUGCCCAUCGCUUCCUCCCUCGAUCACUUCGAGGAUCGUCAGUCUCUCCGCUACAAACUCUCGCAGGGCUUCGCAGGUGACGCGCCAGGAGGUCGGGGAGCAGACCCGGGAGGACCGCAGGUGAGGAGGAGGAGGCCGCUGUGUCGGGCUGGGAGCCUGCACCGACCGGAGGAAGAAGACUACAAGCGCGAGGACUGGAAGAUGGAGCUUGACAUGUGGUCGGGAAGCGCUCUCGUUGCUGACGGGUGA